CAGAGGACAGAUCCUACGUGCGCGUUAUUGUCGCAACGAAUGCCGACAAUAAGGAUCGUAUGUUGGUCGUGUUAAAGAAUUGCCGUAAGGGAGUAUUUGAAUCUCACUGGAACAGUAAUGUCGAUAACGUCGAACAAAACGUAUUUGUAACCGUUCGGAGCUCAAAUCGUCGCGUAUCUUGGAGCUGUCGAGCGAGUUUCGAACGCGUGAAUUAUCAUCGGCAGUGCCGGGAAUCAGUUUCGCGCGUGUUUCGUGCCGGAACAUCGUCAAACAGCUAGCGGCAAGUGGAUAUAUCUUGCAGAACGAACUAGUCAACGAAACAAAAGGUUAACCGUCAAUGGAGAAGCUGAACACGCAAUACAGUUUCGCGAUCGACUAUAAGAACAAUCAGUUUCUGCUGGAUGGGAAACCGUUCCGCUACGUUUCCGGCAGCUUUCAUUACUUCCGCGCUCCCAGGUACUACUGGAGGGACCGUCUGAGGGCGAUGAGGGCCGCUGGACUCAACGCGGUCUCCACUUACGUUGAAUGGAGCCUUCACGAGCCGGAACGGGACGAGUUCAAUUGGUCAGGCGACGCGGAUAUAGUAGAAUUCUUAAAUAUCGCCCAACAGGAAGACUUGCUCGUAUUGUUGCGACCGGGUCCGUACAUCUGCGCGGAAAGAGACAUGGGUGGUUUGCCGUAUUGGCUGCUUCGGGAUACGCCGGAUAUGAAAUUGCGUACGAAAGAUCAAUAUUUUAUGGCAAACGCUACGUCUUACUUGACUCAACUGUUGGACAAAGUGAAGCCAUUUUUAAGAGGAAACGGAGGACCCAUAAUCAUGGUUCAGGUGGAAAAUGAAUACGGGAGUUUCAACGCUUGCGACACGGAAUACAUGAGUAUGUUGAAGAAUCUUUUCCUCAACAAGAUUCAAAAUAAGGCGCUCCUGUACACGACCGACGGUGCGUCCGAGUCGAUGCUUCGUUGCGGCUCUACACCCGGUGUAUACGCCACCGUCGACUUCGGCGCGGGCGGCAACGUGACCAAGUCUUUCGCGCCUAUGCGAGCUAAGCAACCGAAAGGUCCGCUGGUGAAUUCCGAAUACUAUCCGGGAUGGUUGACACACUGGGGCGAGUCUUUCCAAAGGGUGAAGACCGACGUCGUAACGAAGACGCUGAAGGAUAUGCUCGACAUAGGCGCCUCCGUCAACAUAUACAUGUUCUACGGCGGCACCAACUUCGCUCUCACUUCCGGCGCUAACGGCGGCUCGAAUGAAUUCAAGCCGCAGAUCACUUCUUACGAUUACGACGCUCCUUUGACCGAAGCCGGAGACCCGACGGAGAAGUACUUCGCUCUGCGAAACGUCAUCGGUCAGUAUCUGCCAUUGCCGGGCGUACCUGUCCCGAUCGUGUCUCCGAAGGGCAACUACGGACCGGUACUGCUCGAGCCGAUAUCGGAACUGCUCGACAACUAUCUGUUCGUGGUGAGCCAGUCCGCCGCUGACUUUCCCAAGACCUUCGAAGCGCUGUCCGUCAAUCAGGGUUUCGUGCUCUACGAGACGAGACUGCCGGUCUCUAUCUCGGACGAGUACACCUUGAACGCGACGGUGAAGGACCGGGCGCUGGUGUACGUGAACAAGCAACUGUACGGCAUUCUGAGCCGCACGGAUAAGAAGUUCACGCUACCGCUGAAGAAGUCUUACGGUGAUCACCUGCGUAUACUAGUGGAAAACCAAGGCCGCGUGAACUUCGGCUACGAAAUACGGGACUAUAAGGGUGUCUCAAACGUGAACAUCGCCGGAGUCACGUUGAAAAUGUGGAACAUGACGGGUUACUCAUUUCCGGACGUGUCCAUCCUUCGGGACAAGGGAACUAUAUCGAUGAAGAACGGGGCCCUGAAAAGCAGCCCAGUGUUUUUACGCGGACACUUCACGGUGACGGGGCAACCGCUGGACACGUUCCUGGACACUGGAGGCUGGGGCAAGGGAAUGGCCUUUGUGAACGGUUACAACCUCGGCAGAUAUUGGCCGUCGGUCGGACCGCAGAUCACCCUGUACGUGCCGGCCCCGUAUCUCCGCACGGGAAACAACGAGCUGAUUCUGCUGGAAUCUGAAUACGUCUCUCUGACGAGAAAAAUGAAAUUCCAGUCUGCGCCAAACUUAGGCUAAAGAUUCGCGAUCUCGAAACGAACAGGAAGAACGGCGCGAUAAUAUAUUCGAAAAUCAAUGCUCUUCGUUUAUUCUACUUCGGCAAACGUAACUUGAUCGCACGGAGAAAAAUUUGCAGGGGUAGCCAAUUUCGUAACGCUGUCGUAACAAACAAAUAAAUCAAUAUGAAGUAAUUUGAAAUACCGCGAUAUCUAGUCCAUUGAGAGUCGCGAUCUCGAAAAUCGAUUCUUAAAAUAUUAAAUGGUACUUAAGGAACACCCUGUAUUUAUUUGCUACGACAGCAUGUUGUGCUGAAUUAUUUUUCUCUCUUUCUUCCCCCUUCCUGAUGAGGUGGAGGAAAAGUUGGAGAAACGAAACAAAGUAAACAAUACAUUUGUUAUUUUUACACUUCUGCAAUGAUUUCCAAACAGUUGAAAUGUCAAGCUCCUACGCGCCGAUUCAACAUUUCCAGCGGUGAGCUUUCCUCAGCUUGCGUAAAGCACUCGAGCGGAGGGAAACACGUAUAUUGCUAAAAUAAAUCGUAACAACUCCGCCGUCCAAAACGCUUUCUCUUCACGCAUGUUAAUGAUUAUGUUGCAAGCAAAAUAAAAAAAGAUUCGUUCUCA